CUCCAACAACCUUGAUACAAAAUAAACUAACUAUUUUUGCGAUACAUUUCAUAAUUACUUCAUUUCAAGCUUUGGAUAUAUAAUCGUUCUGUGAUCUCCUCCAAAUCACAUCUUUCUCCAGGUAUAAAUUCUCAUUAUUAGCCCUCCAGGGAACGGCAACACCAGACCGUAUUCGGGUACUACCCAAUUUGCGGGUCGUGGAGACGCUCAAUCAAAUCCUUGUAUUUGGAAGCAUCGCCCUUCAAGUGUUUGAUAAACGGCUGUCUCAGAAGGAUAAAGGAUGUUUAGCUGUCACGAGAACAGGAAAAGCUCUCAAGGCGCACAGAAUUACUCAUGAAAGGAACUGUCUACAAUUUGUUCGCCACAAUAAGUGCUUAUAUCGGCUGAAACUCAUCGGUUUGUGAUUCAACCUUUUGGUUACCCAUUGGAUUUGUUAAAGGAGCCCAUAUAUCCCAAGGUAAAGAUUAUGCCGUCGAGCUCAUCAGCCAAGGACAAGGAGGAAAAGUUGAAAGCAAAGCGUAAAGAGUAUUUGAAGAAAAGUGACCCUGCAACGGUCGAAGAGCUGGUUGAUGGCAAGACUCUUGUAAAAGAUUAUUUCAAAGAAGGAGAAUGGAAGCCUAGCUGGGCUCAUCUAGAAUUUAACGGCGAUGCUUGCUUGGAUAAUAUUUUAAAGAAAAGCAAUGAGGGGUUUUACGUUCCUGCGGGCACGAUUCUCCCCCUUGGAGCAUCCAUGCAGCCUAUGACAGUCGUCCGAUAUGGCGGGUACUUCCCAGAAGGGACUUCCUUCCCCGGCGGUGUAUUAGUGCCCAUGUACGCGAGGAUGGUGAAUCUCUUACCCAAAGAAACGACCAAGCCUGCGUCAAAGUUGAGUGAAGAGUCACUAUGUACUAUACAGUAGCGGGCCUGGAAGCGGCGGCCCAGGAAGUUGUAUUUGUUUUGGCGGUAAUGGAGAACAUGUGGAUGUGGCUUUAAAUCUAUGUCUGGACGAUGUAGCAUGGCAUUACGCUUUA